CUGUGGAAUUUUCUGGGAUGACAGUUCAGGGGACAUCUCACCAGGGACAAUCUAAUGAAAAGAUCCUAAGUGAGUGUGUCUCCAGGGCUUGUCAGACCAGGGCUCUUGACCUCCCGCCAAUCGAUCCGGAUGCUUUCAACCCGAUUAUCAUCCGGUUUCUGGAAAAACUUACUGAGGAGCAAUGGAGGCAGUUAAGCAUUGGCAGGAUGGACCCUGUGAUGAGGGCAUUGCUUGCAGAGAUGUGCCUGGAGAUUGUGCGGUUUGUAUCUGAGGCCAUCCUGGAGGUCAUCAUCCCUGCAAUUUUCCGUUUUGUACGGAUAUACAGCCAUGUGUCUCCAGUAUCCGGCAAGUGUCUGACAGAAUCAGAGAGAUCCUCUAGCACAAACCUGAAGGUUCGCAAGAGAGGCAGCAGCAAAUCCUCAAGGUCUUGCACGGCCAAAUCAAGCUCCUCACGUAAUGGGUCUCAGACAGUGUUGCCAAAUACUCAGGGAGAUGGUGAGUCUAUAUCAUCUGAGCCACUCAGGGACUUUUUUGGGAUUACUGAGGACAGUCUCCUCACUGGUGUCCAGGAUUCCUUCAAAGAGUCGCUGAACAAUGUCCUCUGUAUCCAAAGAGAGGACCAGGUAGACACUCAAAGUCUAUCCCGGGUUAUUGUUGGAGAAGUGUCAAAGAAGGUCAAUUCCAUAAUCUCUGUGGCCAUCCAAACUCCCAUCUCUGGCCGAAUGUACCCUGUUAUUUUUGCCAGUGGUGGUGUCUCCAGAACCAAGGUUGUUGAGGAGAUGGUGUCUGGCGUUUCCAACAUACUUCAGAUGUAUAUUAAUGGGAAGAGUGUUGAGCAGAUUGUUGUUCUCAGAGAGGAUGGUGUUGAGGUGGAUAUGACACAUUUAACAGGACAGGUCAUGACAGCCCUCAGUGGCACUGUUUUGAACUUCAGCAAUAAGGAAGAAAAUGACCCCGACAAGAGGGAACUGCUUUGUGUUGUUGGUGACCAUAUGAAGAUGCUUGAAGCUUGUAAAAGUCCUGAGGAGAUGCUAAAACAAGGAGAGAGCAACCUCAAUAUCAAAGGUGCCAAAUCUAGUAUUCGUCUGUCAACACAAAGUAUGGAUAGACUACUCACUGAGGAGUUUCAGACCAAGGCCACUGAAUCGAUCCGGGAGAUUGUUAAAAUAUUCAGGGGUUGUACAUCAUGUUGUUCUGGCACUAUAUCAUCUAGUCCAACUCCUCGGAUAGGUGAGAUCAGAGACCUUAUGAUUGACCCUGAGGCCUCUGAGUUGGUAAGUACCUUUGUUUCAGACAUGGACAAUCUUACCCAGUCUAUCAGGGCAUCCUGCUCUCCUGCACAGAGUGAGCAGAUCCUUCUUGAAAACCAUCAGAGUAAGAUCUGGUCUUACACUGUUGGCUGUUACUACGACAUGAAAAAUACGCUGAAGAGGAUUCUUACCUGUCCAGAAAAAGGGUAUCUCGCAAGUACAUUUGUGGAGAGCACAAAAGAUUAUUUCACAAUGGUUCCAACUUUGUGCCUGGACGUCGGUCAUUCCAGUAAUGGUGAGGCUGACACAUCGGACUCCAUUUCUUGUAAACCACUUUUAAUAACCCCCUCAUCUAUGAAUGAACAAAAAGGACAAAGUGAGACCCCACAACCUCUCUUGGCUCUCAAAAAGUAUUUGCAAGACCAAGUCCUCCUUGACACCACAAAAGCGAUUGCCAGCCAGGUUCUUGUCUUGUAUAAGACUGAGGUGAUGGAGAAGUUCUCAUCUUCUGUUGGAGAGUGUGAUUCUGAAGAGUCUCUGGAGGCCAUUCUAUUUGUGGAUGGCAUCAUGUCUGACUUGAAUGAUUUCAGCAGUUCGUGUUCCCCUCACCAUCUGAGUUGUUAGACAGUGAACAAUGUCUCUCCCAUCUCACUUUUCCACUUGGUCUGCAGGACAGCACCACCAACAGUGAAUCUACCCUGAGUCUUCCAGUUAUAAAUAUGAAGAAACUCUCCAGUG